AAUCUUGACAAGGUUAAACUUUGAAGGUUCAUCUCAAAAACAUUUGAUACAAAAACUCAAUCCAAACCAAACAACGAAUCUAAAAACAAAGGCCAUGGAGCUUCAACUUGAUUCCAUGGCCGCUUCCAUUGGUGUUUCCAUCCCCGUCCUUCGUUUCCUCAUCUGCUUCGUCGCCACAAUUCCCCUCAGUUUCCUCUGUCGCUUCGUUCCCGGCCGCCUCCCUAAACACUUCUACUCCGCCGCCGUCGGUGUUGUUCUCUCCUAUCUCUCCUUCGGUUUCUCUUCCAAUCUCCAUUUUCUUGUUCCCAUGCUUUUAGGUUACGCUUCUAUGCUCCUUUAUCGUCCGAGAUGUGGUAUCGUCACUUUCUUUUUGGGAUUCGGUUACCUCAUUGGCUGCCAUGUUUAUUAUAUGAGUGGUGAUGCAUGGAAAGAAGGUGGCAUCGAUGCCACUGGGGCUUUAAUGGUUCUGACGUUGAAGGUUAUAUCGUGUGCAAUUAAUUAUAAUGAUGGAAUGUUGAAAGAAGAUGGUUUGCGUGAGGCUCAGAAGAAAAACCGUUUGAUUCAAUUGCCUACGCUUAUUGAGUAUGUUGGUUACUGUCUCUGUUGUGGAAGUCACUUUGCUGGUCCUGUUUUUGAAAUGAAGGAUUAUCUUGAUUGGACUGAAGAAAAAGGGAUUUGGAGUUCGGGAGCAAAAGGACCAAAACCAUCACCUUAUGGGGCAACAAUUAGAGCACUGCUCCAAGCUGGUGUUUGCAUGGGAUUGUACUUAAAGCUUGUGCCUUAUUUUCCUCUAUCCAAGUUUACCGAUCCUUCUUACCACGAAUGGUGUUUCUUGAAAAAGCUGGGUUAUCAGUAUAUGUCUGGCUUCACGGCACGCUGGAAAUAUUAUUUCAUUUGGUCGAUUUCGGAAGCUUCUAUUAUCAUAUCUGGGUUGGGUUUCAGUGGCUGGACUGAUUCCUCUCCACCAAAGCCGCGUUGGGACAGAGCUAAGAAUGUAGAUAUAUUAGGUGUUGAGCUUGCAAAGAGUGCAGUUGUGAUUCCAGCUGUGUGGAAUAUUCAAGUCAGCACCUGGCUUCGUCAUUACGUUUAUGAAAGGCUUAUCCAGACUGGGAAGAAGCCAGGUUUUCUUCAGUUGCUUGCCACACAGACUGUUAGCGCUAUUUGGCAUGGGUUGUAUCCUGGAUACAUUAUAUUCUUUGUUCAGUCAGCAUUGAUGAUUGCUGGUUCCAGAGUCAUUUACAGAUGGCAGCAAGCUGUGCCUCCAACAAUGGCCCUGGUUAAGAAUGCCUUGGUGUUCACUAAUUUUGCUUACACACUUUUGGUUCUAAAUUAUUCCAGUGUUGGUUUCAUGGUAUUAAGUCUGCAUGAAACUCUUGCCUCAUAUGGAAGUGUGUAUUUUGUUGGAACCAUUCUUCCUAUUGUUAUCAUCCUUCUUGGUAAAGUAAUCAAACCUGGAAGGCCUGUCAGAUCGAAAGCUCGAAAGGAUCAGUGAGGUAAACAGUGCAGCUAUUCUCUUUGGAGUUUUUGAAAUCAAAUUGGGAUAAUGGGAGAGGCUGGCUGGAUCUUCAGUUUCCACUGGUUCAGCUCCGGUUUUCAAUGCAUUGUAACAGCUCCUUUAGUCUUGAAAAUGGUUGAGCCGUUUUAUAUUUUUGACUUUAGCAUUGAAUUGUAUUUUUGUGGUUACAAACAUCAUGUUGACAGGUUGAUAAGAGUAAUUAUUGAAGAAAUGUUGCGAACAGGCUGUAUUUCUGUGCUGUGUUAGUUCUCGAUUCCUAACAAUUAAGGUCUACUUUGCAAAUUUUAACUA